AUGUUAUCGACGAGUAUUGAAUUACCAACAAAAAACAUUAAAUCAACUAUAGCAUUAUUAGAACGUUCCAAUAUUGAAUGGCAAACAAAAUUAGCACGUCUUACAGAACAACUUGGUCGAAGUGAAAAUCAAUCGAGAAAUUAUCAUCGAGAAUUGAUUAAAUAUCAAAAUGUAUUAUAUGAAGCUGGUUUAAUUGAAUCAUGUAUUCGACAACGUCGACGAAGUGCUGAUGAUUCAGUUAUAAUGAGUCGAAAUGAGUCAAAUAAAAUAAACAAUGAUGUUACAGAAAUCGAUAAUAUCAAUGAACUCAAAGAAAUAAUUCGUAAUCAACGUAAAUUUAUUCAACAAUUACAAAUGCGUGUUCGAACUAACACACCAGAUAUAAUUCAAUCACCAACGAUAGACAAACUUCAACAACAGAUACAAAAUUUAAAUCUUGUUAUUGAAACCUACAAAGAUGAAUCAAAUUUACUUAAAAUUGAACUUAAAAAACUGUAUAAAACAAUUGAACAUAGUAGAAAAACACAACAAAACUAUGAAAAAAUUUUUCGAGAACAACAAACUUGUAUUGAACAAUCAAAAAAGAAAUUAAAUAAAUAUGAACAAUUCUUCAAAAAAUAUGAUACUCAUUUACCAAUAUUUGAUGAAAGAAAAGAACAUAUUAUUGAUCAAAUGGAUGAAUAUAUUAUUGAUUUAGAUAUUGACAUAUUACAAGGAAAUGAUACGAAAAAAAAAACAUCAGUGAAUAAAAGAGAUAGUGCAUUAAGUAAUGCAACAGAUACAAAUGACUUUCAACGACAAAUACAUGAAAAAGACGAACAAAUUCGAAUAUUAAAUAAUGAUAUCAAUAGAAAAGGUGAACAAAUUCAAGAACUCACAACUAAACUUACUAAUUUGGAAAAAGUCAAUGAAGAUGCUGAAUAUCGUCAUCGUAUUGAAUGUGAUCGAAUUCGUCAAGAUUUCACUGGUGGAUCACGUAAAAUUGAAAAUCAAUUACAAGAAGCACGUUUACAAAUCGAUUCUCUUAAAACAUUCAAAAUUCAAUUUGAUCAAAGUGAAGAAAAAAAUCAACGAUUAAAUAAUGAAAUCCAACGUCUAAAGGAUGAAAUAAAACGUUUAAAAGAUGAAGUCAAACGUAAUGAAUCUGUCAUCGACCAUUAUAAAACUCAAAUUACUAUAUUAGAACGAAAGCCUGUGAUGGAUGAUAAUGAUACAAGUGAAAUUUCAAUUCGAAAAAAUGAAUUAUCACAAUUAUUACAAGAAAUGCGUCUUCUUCGUCGUGAUCUUGAACGAAGUAUCGAAAAGCAAAAAGAAUUGCAAGCAAGACUAGAUGACAAUAUUCGUCAAUCACGAUCACCACGUUCAUUUACAUUUUCUGGUCGUGGGGUUUCAUAUCCUGAUCUUCGUGUACUUGAUGCAUCCGGUGUAGUUGGUGCUGAGAAUUUAUCAUCAUCAAUUAUGAUCGAUGAAAAAUUUUCAAAACCUAUAGCUUCAUCUACAAGUGAACUUGAACAGGUUGAAUAUGCUCAGCAAUCUUUUGAAGAAAUUGUGCCAAGAAUUUCUAUGCGACAAUAUAUUGUUGGUGAAUCAAAAAUUCAUGACGAUCUUCGUCGGUUAAUACAAGAUAUUAGAAUUGAUUUAAAAGCACUUGCACCGCAUUUACAAGAUCAACUUCGUUCAAAAACUGAUACAGCAAUCAGAUCGCUUGAAGAACAUUUAAACCAACUUGAUAAACGUUUGACGCAUGUUCUUGAUUUAAUUGAAACAUAUUGGAAAGCUGAUUUACCAGAAAAAAAUCAAUAUAAUGAACAUAUAUUUAUUGAUCAUCGUCUCAUGGAAGAAAAUAAACGUCUUCUAUUUAAUCAAAGAAAAUAUCUUCAAGAUAUUCAAUUUUUAAAACAAAAAUAUCGAGAACAAUCAAAUCAUUUAGAACAACUACUCGCUCAAUUAACUAAAGUGAAUCGCAAAAAAUCUGAUACAGGCGAAUAUUUGGCAUUGUUACUCCAGCCAACAUUAGAUGUUCUUCAAAAAGCUCGUUCAAAUAUUGAACAUCAUUUAAAAGAAUCAAAUACAAAUAAUAUACCACCCGGUAGUGCUCAAACACAUCGUCGUCAUCGUUCUAAUCGUAAAGAUUAG